AUAACAGAGAGCUCCAAUCGCCACCUGUUUGUAACGGAGCAGCCGCCAUGGUCGCCGAAGAUUCCAGUCCCGAGCAAAACCGAAGAUUCCCGAGGGUAGCCGAACCUGACUCUCGGGAGUCCACUCCCGAACACUCCCCGAAGGCAGCCGGAGACCAUGAAAACGAGAGAUUCAACACGACGUGGAGCUCGUCCGAGAUGAGUAUCGACCUGCCGAGCUCCGAGGGGAGACCCGAGAGCGCCCUGCCGACCCUCUCCCCGCCGCUGCACAGGAAAACUCCGCCCGUCAUCACCCUAUCGGCGUCUCCUACCAGGUAUGCGGCUCUGACAAGGUCCAACCCCAACCUUCACGAGGUGGGAAAACCUGAGGACCAGAAUGUAACGAUCACGAUCACAGAGACACCCAGACUAGAGGCCCCCUUCACGGGGAUGAAGGAUCUGGAGAACCAGAACGAAGAUGUGAGUUUAGAGGACAUGUUGGACAGUCUCCUUGCGUUAGGAUCGAGAAGAAGUAGUAAAAGUGGCUCCCAGAGUCCCAACGACACCAGGCGGUUGAGCGAAGACCGGUUGGCGAAUCUUGUCGCCGAAACGUUACCUUUCGAGCGACGAGCUUCGGAUCCGGGUAAGGCGGCAACGCCAGACAACCAACAACUGGAGUCGACUUUAAUAAGCACAAAUACAACAUAUGACUUCGCGGAAGCUUUGGACGCGUUGAAUACCACGUCGUCGUCAGUUGACACGUCACUCAUGAACACCACGUCAUCGUCAAUGGAUACGACUAUGGACGCGAACACGUCAUCGCCAAAAUCACUGACGUCACCGUUCCAGACGACGUCGUCGUUUUUUGAGACGGCGUCGUCCGCUGCACCUGACACGACGAGUGGGAGUUUUUCCGCGAGCGAACUGAGAGACAUGGUGACGGAAGAACUUGUAACGGUGCGAUGUUCCUACUCCAAAUGCAAACGGGCCGCAGAGCUCAAGGAAGCCAAGCAAAGUUACAAGUCGUGUCACAACUGCUACACGUACUACUGCUCAAGAGACUGCAGAAAGAACCACUGGGAGAGGCACAAGAGAAAGUGCGUCUUCUCCCAGAUCAACAGCGCGUGCAAGCACAUCCUCCAGCACGCGCGGACCAACGAGGAGGUCCAGAAGUGUUUCUCGCGCGUGGCGAGAACUGGGUACCUCUCGCGAGGCCGCGGGGCCGUCAUGUUGAGUUUCCCCACCUUACAAGACGCGCAGGACUUCUUGAAUUCGGGACUCCCGUCCCUCCCCACCUUACCGGGCUACAAGACAUUCCGCGAACUUGAAAGUGUGCAGACGGAGCCCAAGGAUCCGCACACGGAGACGCUGAUCACCAUGGUAACCACGUAUGACCCGGAUGUGAAGAUGGUUGUUGAUGUGUCCGUCGCUGUGGAUACAACCAACGUGAAGGCCAAUCUCGUUCCCAGGAGAGAAGGGCCAAACAUUCGGCAAUGUGCCAAGAUUCGGCUGAGUGAGAGACACAUCGUGAAAAAGACGAGAGAGGAACCGGCAGACGAGAUCGAGGCUGAGACCAUGAUCCUGACGUCACCGCCUGGGUCGCCGGAGAAGAUGGCGCAGAUCAGCGACAGGAGAUCUCGCGAGAUUUGCUUCAUCAACAUCCAGCGUAACCUCCGCGCGAGAGGGGUCAUCUUACGUCACCAGUACCCGGAUGUUUACCGUAAACUCUGCGUGUACGUGGAGAAGAACGAGUCCUUCCCGCCUGUGACUAUCUAUCCCCGGGACACCAAUACCGGAAAGACUUUCAUGUGUCUCAUCAUGCCGGAUUCCGAUCCGGAAAUUCUGGAAUGGGUCCAGAAUCCGGAUUUACUCGAGGACAUCAUUGCCUAACAGCA